AUGAAUCCCAACGUGCUCAAAGAGCUCAAACCAACGGACACGGUGACUGUUAUUUGGGACUCCCUCGGCUCUCAGACGGUUUCUUCAAACGAAGUAAUGCAUUCAUUGCUCCGAAGUCUCAAAUCCGCCGUACCCAACGGCAUUGUUCAGUUGGAGAACCUGAGUAUCUUCACUGCAAGCACUGUUGCCUCUGCAGGUUCAGUCAUCCUCACUGGGUGGCCAGAGGCUUUCCCUACUGGCAAGCACGACUUUAAACUUUUUUCCGCACUGGUUGUUAAAAUGCCUGUUGGUGGCAGAUUGAUCUCACGCGAGGCUGUUGGAGGGGACUUGGCCGCGUCUGUUGGGCGGAUUCGUAAGGCCGCCUUGCUCAGCGGUCUGGUUAACAUAAAAUUUAUCGAGUGCGAGAGCGGGUGUGUGUGCUUGAGCGCCUCGACCCCCUCCACCUACCGGACGGGCGCGAGUGCUAAACUGCCUUGGGCGACGGAUACCGUCUCAGACGACGUAUGGAGUGCUGUGGAGGCGGAGGAAGGCGGCAAUCUGAUCGACACGGAGAAGCUGCUCAUUGAAAGCGACUUACAGAAGCCCGUCACCGCCCCCUGCGGUGAACCCUCAGAGGGCGGGGUGCGGAAAAAGCGCGCAUGCAAAAAUUGCACCUGCGGACUGGCUGAACUUGAGGCCGUGGAAGCUGCUGCGGAGGCUGAGAAGGCUAACACAGCUGGGGCUAAAUCCGCCUGUGGCAAUUGCUACCUCGGAGAUGCAUUUCGCUGUUCCUCCUGCCCCUAUAGAGGGCUGCCACCCUUCAAGCCGGGCGAGCAGGUCGUCAUCCCGGACGACAUGCUUGCUGCGGAUAUCUGA